AUGAUAAGAAGAGAUAAUAUACACAAACCGGACUCGAUUGUAAGUUUUAAAAAAUAUUUUUUAUUUAUCCUACUUCAUUAACAUAGAAAAAAAUCAAUAUUUUCCAGAAUACGGGAUUCAAUAGAUCGGUUGAUAAUGGAGUUCAUCAUCAAACAUUAGAACGAAAAAGAAGGAGAAGUCCUGAAGCAUUAAAUGGUAUUUCUUCACCAUCCAUAGAUUCACCACUUCUUCUUUCACCAUCAACAAGUUCUAAAUGUCAUACUCCUUCAAUAUGUCCUCCUCCACCUCCACCACCAAAAAGAAUGGAUGAAGUGAUACCACAUCGACCAAGAGGUCCAAAAACACCUCCAUUACCGAUUGAGGAGACGAUGCCUACAAUUACACCAAUUCCCCCACCGCCGCCAAGAAAACAUGAUCCAUAUAUUUAUCAGAUGUGAGUUUUUGAUGGGAAUUGAAACAACUCUUCCAAAAAACCCUUCCCCAUCAUUCAGAGAUAUUAUCAAACUGAAUUUCACGAAAAAUGUGCUCGAAAAUCCAUUAAAUGUUUUAUAUUUAUUAAUAACUUCAAGAUCGCCCUUUUCUGAUUUUCUGAUUGUGAAUACAAAAAUUUCAAAUUAUUUAAAAACGUAAGAAUUCCAAAUAAAAAUGAAUUUCAUGCCCAAAUUAGUGCUGAAAUUAGAAGACCCUUGAAAUCAUUGGAAUUAUUUACCCGGUUCAUUUUUGAUUGGACUUUUUGAAAAUAAAUAUAUUUCAGGAUGCAUCCAUAUGCCCCAUAUGGUUAUCCUCAUCCAUAUUAUCCAUUUGGCGCACCCCCACUAUCAACCCCGAAUCCAGCAGUCAAAGUAACAAUUCGAGAUUGUUCCCCGCCGCCUCCACCACCUCCUCCGCCUCCGCCACCAAUGCAUCACAAUUAUUAUAAAAGAAGUUGGGAAGGAAACAGCCGGAAAACAUCUCCGCCACCACCUCCGCCACCAAAAAAGAAACCAUUAGUCGAUGAUGAGUCUGUUAUGGAAUUGUUGAAUAAUGCACAUAAUACAACUGUUUCGUGUGAUAAUAAGAAAAGUUUGAAUUCGAAAACAGCUUAUAAGAAAGUUGAACAGGUUUGUUUUUUUUUUGGGUUUUCAUAUUCAUCAAGAUUAGUUUUUUUUUCAGAAGCCAAUUGCAAAACCUGAAAAACGACCGCAGGUGAUUGAGAAAAAGAAAAAAGAGAAACCUUCAUCGCCACCUUCAAUUAUUUCACCACCUCCGAUUCCACCAGCACCAAUACAAAAAGAAAAAGAAACACCAAAAGUAUUAGAAGAAGAUGAUUACUGUAGAAGACGAAGUAGUGUAUUAACACCAGUUGCAGAUGAUGAUAUUGUUGAAUUAUUGACACCGUCACCUAAGUGAGUUUUUUCUGAUAAUUGGCUAGAGAUGUUUUUAUUAAAAAUUCGAUUUUAGAGCUGAUUCGGAUAUCGAAAUAAUUUCAACAACAAUGAAUGGUCGAAUUGUUGAAACAAAAGAUGAUCUUUUGGAAGCAAUUGCUGUACAAUUAAAGAAAAGACAAGCUGAAAUUACGAAAAAAGAAAAAGUGAAAGAAGAAUUGAAAGAAGAAUUAGUUGAUUAUGAAGUUAACAAUUAUAAUCAUCGAACAUCUGAUUCUACUAUCAAUUUUGAAGAAAAAACAAAUAAUUUGGAGAAAACAACUGAAGCUGUUACUGUGGUAACACCAAGUGCAAGUGAAGCUGAAAAUAAUGAAAAUACAUCGAAGAGUAGUGAAGUUGAAACACCGGGAAAGAAAUUGAAAGCAGUGAAAACAGUGAAGAAAGUUCAAGAAGCCAAGAAAGAGUUAGUUUUUUUCUUCAAUUAAAAAAAAAAUAAAAAAAUAUGAAUUUCAGAGAGCCAAAAGAAGAGAAACCAUCAAAACCAGAAUAUUCGCCACGAAAAACAUUUGAAACUGAGACGUUGAAAAAUGAAACUUUGAAUUUUGUGAAAAGAGAAGAAAAAAUAUCGGGAUCUCCAUCGAAACUUCCGAAAAUCUCAUCGCGAUUUCGAAAAUUUGUUCGUGUCGAAACUCAUCCAAAUGGCGGUGCUUCGAUGUUAUGUUCAGAUUGGAGUCGAGUUACAAAAGAACUUGAACCAGAAGAUGUGUUAGUUAUUUUUUUUAAUUGAUUGUUGAAAAAUCUACAAAAAUUUUGUUUUUUAUUUAAUUUCAACCACUUUUCCUUUGAAUUAAAAACUGUCAUUUCAAAAAAUUUAUAUUUUUAAAUUAAAAUUUACCAUGAAAAAAAUCUUUUUUUUAUUUCAGUGAGAAGUUUGCUCGUCAAUUUAUCCGCCUUGGUCUUGCUGAAUCAAACGGUGUUCCUGUUUUCGUAAUUGGUGUUCUUGAAAAUGCGGCGUCUUAUCUUUGUGUAAGUUUUGCUCUUUUUUUCUGAAAAUCAUAUUUUUAUUUUUUCCAGGAUGUUUUCGAAUAUUUGAAAGACAAUUUUGAAAAUUUACCAGUAAAAGUUGGAUCGCUGACCAAUAAACAAAUUGUUGAAACAAUGCCAUUGAAAUCGUAUUAUGAACAAGUUAUGGAAACUUGUCAUCAUGGAACUUUCAGGUUGGUUGAUUUUUCUUUCUCAAAAUCAUUGCUCAUAUUAUAGAUAUGGUCCAAUGCAUUCUUUAUCAAUGGUUGGCGCAAAACAAGAAGAAUGUGGUCAACAUUUUUCUGAUCUUCUUUCAAAACUCGAACAAUCUCCAAUUUUACGUCCACUUAUGCCUUGGGGAGAAUGGUCUUGUUUACAAGAAUUGAAAGAAGAUGUGACUGAUUCAGAUGAUGGUCCAAUUUAUUGGGUUCGACCUGGUGAACAACUUAUUCGAACUGAUGAAUUGAAAGAUGAACGAAAAAAGAGUGGAAAUAUUGGUGGAACAAGUUCAAAAGCCCAUUCGAUUUCUAUUAGAAAUUCUGAACGUCGAGAAUUAUUAUUCGAAGAUCGAACACCGUGUCAUGCAGAUCAUGUUGGAGAUGGAUUAGAAAGAAAAACAACGGCGGCGGUUGGAAUUCUUCAAGCAAUUCGAUCGCCAAAUGAAAAAGUGAAAUCGAAAGAAAGAAGAGCUGUUAAAGAUGUUAUUACUUUUCAUGCCGCUGAUUUUCAUCGAAUUGUUGAUCGAUUGCAAUUGGAUUUGUAUGAACCACCAAUGUCACAGGUAGGCUUUUGUUUAUUUUUUCAACAAAAAAAAAAACACUUUGUUUAAAAAAUAAUGUUAUAAACAUUUUAUAAACUUGAAACCUGAGAUGAAAGUGAAAAAAAAAACAAAAUUUCAAAAAAUUAGAAAUGGGCGGAUUUGUGAAAUCUGAAGAUUUUUGAAAAAUAUUUUCGCAUUUCAAUUUUCUGUAAAUCAAACGUGGUAAUAAUUAUAAAUAAGAAUUUAUAACUAACUUCAGAGCUCAUCAUAUUUUUAAACAAAUUUUUCAACUUCUCGAAAUUUUACUGAUGACAAAGCUACCAUUUGUGAUAGUUUUGAGCUCGAAAAAUUUGAAUAAAUCACAAAAAUUUUCCAUUUUUGCAGUGUGUUCAAUGGGUUGAAGAAGCCAAACUAAAUCAAUUACGACGAGACGGAAUCCGUUAUUCAAAAUUCCAACUCCACGAAAAUGACAUCUAUUUCCUCCCUCGAAAUAUCAUUCACCAAUUUCGAACAAUUUCCGCAUGUUCCUCAAUUGCUUGGCAUGUUCGACUUCAACAAUAUUAUUUGGAUGAACAAGCUGAAGAUUCUCAGGAUAAUGAUUAA